UUACAGGGUCAGACAGAACGAGCUGUUUGACAGUUUCGCUGGUAUAAAAUCAGUGAUUUUCCAUCGCGUUGAUUCCGCCCAUCUCUUCAUCGAGGGGCUGGUCGUAGAGGUCCGAUGCGUCACGUUUAUUUGGGCCUUCUGCAUGAUCCCGCUGGCAGGGAAGCGCCCGAAUUUUUCCUCCCUGCCUUAAAACGUCCUGCAUAUAUUUAUUACAAGUGUGGAUCUUCGGGAUAACAAGGUAUCGAAGGGGAAAACGCGACGCAAAGUAUGCAAAUGGAGACAGUUCUGUGUAGUUUCCAGGCGAAACAUUUCAGACGUUCCCCUCGGAUUGGUAUUUAACAUAAAAAAAAAUCACCUUAUUGAACCGUCACACAACGAUGAACAAGUUCACCCAAAACUCCUCUACAAGCCCAUUUUAGUAUCAUACAUGACUUUUCCAAUGAACUGACCAUCACCUGUUGGAACGUUUUUGGUGCAUUUUGGUGCAAGUGCUGAUUCCUGAAAGCAGAAUUCAUACAUGUACAGUGGAAGAAUGACCGAAGCAUGGCAACAGCAACAUGCAGUGGCCGCUCCUCCCGUCGGGCAUCCUCUUCUACAAGGGGCUGAGAAUGCAUUGGGCACGGCGGCUUAUGGGUUAGUCCUACAAGCGGAUCCUGCGUUACAACAGUCUCAACACGGCCAACAUGCACAACAGCAUCCGCCACCUCAACUACAGGUGGGCAGUGAAGGUGGCCACAAAUGUGGCGCAUGUGGCCAUGAUAUUUCGCACUUGGCCAAUCCUCACGAGCACCAAUGCAUGGUUAACCAGGACCGUUCUUUCCAAUGCACACAGUGCAUGAAGAUCUUCAACCAAGCCACGGAUCUCCUAGAGCAUCAGUGUGUCCAGGUCGAGCAGAAGCCGUUUGUGUGCGGCGUGUGCAAAAUGGGAUUCUCGCUUCUCACCUCCCUGGCGCAACAUCAUAACGAACACAGCACUGGAAACAAUCCAAUGAAGUGCUCGAUCUGUGAAAAAACAUACCGGCCAGAUUCCUCGUCUUCUAACCCUCAGCAACCUUCAACUGCGGAGACGUCCAGCGACGGAGCAGCCAUGGGUUCCUCGUCCACGACGGCUUUUCAAGACUCGGAUCGUCCUUAUAAAUGCUCCGUGUGCAAUAAGGCGUUUCGCCAUCUUUCCGAACUCUCGCGUCACGAAAGAGUGCACACGGGGGAGAAACCCUACAAGUGUGACACCUGUGAUAAGACGUUCAGUCAGGCUUCUCAUCUGGCACAUCACCAGCGCACUCACAGCGCCGAUCGCCCUUAUAAAUGCGCCGUUUGCGAGAAGACCUUCAAGCACAGGCAGCAUCUCGUACGCCACAUGUACGCUCACUCCGGCGAGCAUCUUUUCAAGUGUAAUCUAUGCGAGCUUCAUUUCAAGGAGUCAUCCGAGCUGUUGCACCAUCAGUGCCAGCCGGUCGGAGAACGACCGUUUCGAUGCACCGCAUGCGGGAAAAGCUUCAAACGCCCGUCGGAUCUUCGGCAACACGAGCGCACGCACUCAGAAGAGCGGCCUUUCCAGUGUGAAGAGUGUCAGAUGAGCUUUAAACAACAGUAUGCGCUUGUGCGCCACCGUCGUACGCAUAAAAACCCCGCCGAUCGGCCUUUCAAGUGCAACCAAUGCGACAAGGGUUUCCUUCAGCCUUCCCAUUUGCUGUAUCACCAGCAUGUCCAUGGGAUCGAGAGUCUGUUUAAAUGUGCAGCUUGCCAAAAGGGCUUCAGACAAUCUGGAGAGCUUCUGAGGCACAAGUGCACCGAGUCGAACAACGGAUCCAACGCCGUGGAGAAGCCCUACAAGUGCGACGUGUGCGGGAAGGGCUAUAAAAAGUCCUCGACGCUACAACGUCACCAGAACUCGCACUGCACCGAAAAGCCGCUCAAGUGUUCGCUUUGUGGCAGACGCUUCCAAUCCUCGUCUGAUUUCGUGCAGCACCGAUGCGACCCGGCUCGCGAGAAACCCAUGAAGUGCGCCGACUGCGAGAGGCGCUUUAAAUACUCGUCCGAGUUGCAGAGACAUCGGAGAGUCCAUACCGGAGAGAAACCCUUCAAGUGUCCCACGUGCGACAAAGGGUUUAAACAGCGCGAACACUUGGCGAAGCAUGGCAUCGUUCACUCACGUGAAGCCCAGUUCAAGUGUGUUUGGUGCGGAGAGUGUUUCGGAGAGCUUGGCGCCCUUCAGGAACACACAGUUCAACACACUGCAGAAGGAGGAGGUUAUCCAGCGUCAUCAUGCAUAGAGUAGUGACCGUCUGCUGUGAGCGAAAAUACACGCAAUAGCGAUAUUUCUUACAUAAAUAUUGUACGUUUUACGUAUCCCAUUGCAGUACUUGUUAAAGUGUUAGUUCACCCAAAAAU